UCUAUCACUAGCUCUCUCUCUCUCUCUCUCUCUGCUCUCAAUCUUCCCUUUUCUUUGCUAUGGAGAACCCCAGUGACCCUAAGCUUGAGAGUUCCUCCCCUCAGCAACAACCUCAAGGCAAAAACAAUCCACAAAAUGAUGCAAAUGAAAACAUUUCUGGUGGGUCUUUACCACCCAAUGCUAUGCCUAUCUCUAGACUUGAAGUUACCACGCCUACCCAAUUUACUAUUGACACUGCUCCAAGGCCUAGUGCUCAUAUUAGGGUUCGAGCAGGAACCAAAAAUGGUGGUGGUGUCAAUGCAGGUGCUGAUAAGGGUUUUCGGAAGAAGAGAGGAAGAAGCUUAAGCUAUGAUGGUGACGUGAGGCCUAAGAGAAGAGCUGAUACUGGAUUACCAUCUACUUGUGCUGUUUGUGAAAGAAAAUUCCCAACUAUUUAUGCACUCUUUGGGCAUCUUCGUAUGCAUAACAAGAGGGAUUGGAGAGGGGCUUUUCCUCCUCCGGUGUAUAAUCCAGAUUGGGUUGAAAAUGGUGGUAGCAAUGUUGAUCAGAGUCUACAACAACCAGCAGCAACUCAACAAGUGGAAGAAAAGGAGGUGAUACCAGAACUUCUUGAUGUUGCUCAAGAAAUCUUAAAGAAAAUGCAACAAGAAAACAUCAGUAACGUUACUGAUCCAAUCAAGAAACUUGAAUUUGAUCUUAAUCUUCUUCCCCAAGAAAACUCUUCUGGUCCAUCAUCUAACAUGGCUUCUUCUCAAGAAAAGAUAGCUACUAGGUUUGAUCUUAAUUUCCCUCCUCCAAAAGAAGAUAAUGAUGAUCCACCAGCAAUUUGAGAUAUAUAUGCUACGUAGUAAUGAAGAUUACAUAAAUAUUUAAUUUUUGUUCUUAGUGUUGUGAGAAAUAUUACUUGGUUUUUGGC